AACUCUUCGAACGCCCGCGGGAAAAGCGAAGGUUCUAAGAGUCGCAGUUCCCGGGAUCAGGGCUUCGAGAGGUUCGGUGCAGGACCUCCGCGGGGCUCCCCCCCUCUCCUUCUUUUCAAUCCCCCGCCCACAGCUCGCAAGUUUAUCCAGGGCAAGUUCCCCACUCCCCCUUCAACUUGAACGCUCGCUGCCACCUCUUUCACUCCCUCCUGUUCCCUCAUUUCGUGCGUGUGAGCCUGCCGACUUAUUAAUUGGGACGUGUGCUGGGCGUCCCUGGUUUAUCUUUGUCCCCUGUGGGGAAUGUGGAAAUGGCCGGUGACAACAGUCCCGGAGUCUCCUUGUGUUGGCGACGUUUCGAGCUCUUACUGCUAGCGGCAGCGGCCACCGGACUAUGCAGCGGGGUCUCUGGAAUCAAGAAUCCCAGCUGCCACGAAGUAAGGACGGCGUUUCAGAUGCGGCAGAUCGGUCCCAUCAAGCUGGUUCCUGAUGUUCCCACAACUGAUUCCAGUUUACAGAUUUGCCAACAUAAAUCACCAACAUGCUGCACUAAGAAAAUGGAAGAAAAUUACCAAGCAGCUGUUAGAAGAGAGAGAAUAGAGAACACUCAGAUACUAAAUUUUGAACUGAAGUAUAUGAUUGUUGGGCACAUUACAGCUUUUCAAGCAGCCUUUGAGUCCCUGCUUCGUUUUGCUGAGAAUCACACCGCUUCUCUCUUUGAGACUGUCUACAGAUCCAUGUCAAAGGAGGCAGCUGAGCCCGUGAAAGAACUUUUUACAGACCUCUCUCUCUACCUCUUGGGUGCUCAAAACAGAGUGGAAAAAGCAUUUUUCCGGUUCUUCGACAGCCUCUUCCCUUUGGUUUAUACCCGCUUGAUAAACCCUGGCAUGACGGACUUGUCAGAAGAAUAUAUGGAAUGUCUGCGACAAACACGACAAGACAUCAAUCCAUUUGGGCGCUAUUCCAAAGAAGCUGUUAUGGAGCUAGCAAAGUCUCUGAGGGCAAGCAGAACAUUCAACCAGGCCCUGGGAAUGGGCGUUGAAGUGCUGAAUGCCACUGAACAUGCUGUUUUGACCAAAGAAUGUAUCCGAGGCCUUGUGAAAAUGCAGUAUUGUCCUCACUGCCAAGGUCUGACUCUCAUCAGGCCCUGUGAAGGAUAUUGCCUAAAUGUGAUGAGAGGUUGUUUUGCCAGUGUAUCUGAGCUGGACAUUCAUUGGAGGGAAUAUAUCUAUACCCUGGAAUACCUCACCAAUGAAAUGGCUGUAACUCAUGAUCUAGAACUGGCACUGCUGGGUAUUCGGUAUUCAAUCAAUGAGGCCAUUUUACAGGCACAACUUAAUGGACCCCAGCUAUCAGCGACUGUAGAUAAAGUAUGUGGACAUCCAGAAGAAAAAGAAGUGAAAUCUUUGCCAGACAGCAUAAUUCAAGCAAAGGAAAUAGAGAGACCACCUCAAACAAUGGCCCACUCAAUAACUAUUAACAAUAAAAGGAGUUCUCUGCCUCUGAAAUCUUCAAAGAAUGACAAAUCCAGAAGUUUGAAAAAAAUGUCUCGGGAAUUUAUCAGUUAUAUGAAACGAUCCAGAACUUUUUAUGCAUCUUUGACAGAAAGGCUUUGUGAAGGUGAUCUCGUGAUGAAAGACAGCUCAACUUGCUGGAAUGGUCAAGAUGUGGUAGAAAGUUAUACAAGCAGAGUGGUUACAAAUGGAUUGAAAGCCCAAAUGAAUAAUCCAGAGCUGGUAGUCAGAGGGUUGGAUCCACAGAUAAGUCAUUUAAUUGACAAGUUGAAACAUUUUAAUCAACUGGCAGCCCACACAAGUUUACAGUCCGAAAGUUGGAUUGACAGGGAAGGCAGCAGUGGGAAUGGAAUGAGCAAAGAGACAGAAUCCAGUGGAGACUGUGAUGAUGAAGAUGGAUGCCAAGGAUCAGGUGAUAAAAGCUACACAAAAGAUGUUUUUAGUGUGAAAUCAGGAGUCAGAAAUGAAACCAUACUAAUAAUGGAAAAGACGGACACCACAUCCACAACUACAAUAAAAACAUUUUCCAUUUAUAAAGGGGACAGAAAUCUGGGUACUCAAGCAUCAAGUUCUUGGUUCUUUACAAUUACCAGCCUUGCAGUUUGGUGGCAUUUUGUGUCAUAGCUGUAUUACACUGCAGUAACUAUGCAAUUUCUGUGCACCAUCAUAUAUACCUUCAGCCUUAUCCAAGUGAAAGCAAACUUAAAUUGGUUUCAAAAAUUCUAUGCUCUAAUAUUAUGUGGUAUGUUAAUUUAAGUCCUAAGUAUUAGUCUGGGACUGGCUACCAACAAGGGUCAAUUUGUACACAAUUUGUCUCCAAUGUCUGGAGGUUUCUUUGAUUUGUUUGUUUCUUUGUUUUGGUACCAUCUCAACUACUCAACAUGGAAAAAGGAUGAAGACAGAAGAUUUCAGUAGGUUAAGUUAUUGUGAUAGGUACAGUUAAGAAUGUCAUAAAGUUAUACAUUAAUGUGUUGGCAUUUUUUCUCUUUUACUUGUCAGAUAUUGGACUGUUGUCUUCUUGAACUUCUAUGUUCCUUUAAAUAAUUGAAUUUAAUUUACAUGCCAAUAAUUUAUAUCUAUAGGGAUCUAUGAGUAUUAUAAGCAAAAUCGUAGUUUGAUCAAAUUCUGGUCAAGGCAUCAUAGCAUGCUUGAAUUUCUUUGUUUCUUUUCAUUAGAUUGUAGAAAGCAUAUGGUGUCUUUAAUGUAUUAUUAUACAGUAGUUCUUUUAACAAUUCAGCAAUAAAUAGAACUACUUCCCAAUUUAUUUUAAAACACUACAGAAUAGUUUCCCUGCUCAUGUAUUUCUUUAUUACAUACGUACAAUACCUGUCAUGCAAAUACCUGGUGAAUUAAAAAGAGAAGAGACUCUGAGAUGGCCAUGGCAAAAAUGGUUAUUGACUUGAUGUUGUAUAGCUAGAAUGAGGAACCAAUACCUGUGCUAUAAUCUUCUAUACUGUAAUACUAGCCAGCAUGGUUAGCAAUAAAGGAUGCACUCCAUGUUAGAGUAGAUUAAGUAAUAAAACAGCUUUCUGCAAGACAGCCGUUCAGAGCUCUGGAAAGAAGUACUUGUACACACCCUGCCAUUCGAUGCUUUGACGAGAAAGAAAAGAUGGGCAGAAAGAGAAAAGAAUGUGAUAAAUGGGGGGGGAAGAAAAAGAGAGAGAAAUAUGCCAUAAAUAUGCCAUAAAAGGCAAUCCUUACUUGUUUGAGAGUUCUGGAUCCACCCAUGUCUUCUUUUAGCUCCAUCCAGUCAAUUACCCUUUGACAUCAUGUUAUAAGACAAACGAAAGAAAAGAAAUGGAAUUAAUCCAUUACUUAAUAUGUCUCACAAAUAGAUGAUUAGGUUUAUUAGGAUUUAUAAACUCACUGUUUUAUGGAUGUUUGCAGAAUCCCCCCUUUUAUACAUUUUUAUGUAUACUAUAUGGAAUGUGAUCCAGAAGAUGAAUAUACACUUUCUUUGCUGCUGCUACUACUAUUACAAUCAUUUUCAUCAAACUACCAGGAAAAUUUACCUUUUUUAUCCUAAAAAAUAAUUUUAAAAAAUCUGAAGUGCAGCUUCUGUUUAUGAUGAUACACUAGGAGAUAAAAAUUUGAAAAAAAUGUCAACUUAUAAUGAUACCUUCUUUUUUGUAAAUAGUUUUUUACACUUUCCAGAAAAUUAAUGUGUUUCAUAAUAUGGUAAGAAAUUACAGUCCUGUUAUUAAUGAGAUGGAAGAAGGCUAAUUUGAGUAUUUUUACCUCAAUCCUCAAAAUACCAUUGAAAAUCUACAUACUACAAUCUCAGCACAAUUAACCAUUACAAAGAAUACCCAUUUAUAUUUACUGAAAAUAACAAUAACUCAUAUAACUAAAAAGCUGUUUCCAACGUAAAAAUAAUUUCUGUGUAAUUCCGUUUUAAAUGCUAUAAUGUAAAAUAUUUGCUUUUGAUUUACAUGUAUGAUAUGCAUGUGUACAAAAAUUACUUGCAAUGAUUUCAUUUGCAUAAAAUGUAUACUCAGUCUAGUAUACCAAUCCUAGGUACUAUCUGAUACAUUUAGGACAAAAGCAUAAAGUAAGACAGUAUGGGCAACCCUUGUUGCUGUUGGAGUUCUAAUGUGCACAUUCUUUUUUGUAUAAUGUUUUCUUUUAUUUACUUUUAAAAGUUUCCUUAUAUACCUUACAGAGCACUGCUUUUAAUGACUAUUUUCAGAAGACAUUGCUCUCUUAGUUUAAAAUUAAGUUACAAUCUAACUUAAUAAAACACUUUGUCGCUUUGAAUAUAGCAAAGCAUUUCAUAAUAUAAAAUCUGUUCCAUUCAAACGAAAUUUAAGAAUGCUCAUCUGCUGAUAAAAUUGUAUGGUAAAGUUUUAAUUCUCAUAGAGA